ACGCCCCGCGUUAUCCCCACCGCGCUCCCCCAGUGCCCGCCUUUGUUCGCAUCACAACAAUCCCUGAACAGAUGGUGCUCUGCUUGGGAAUCGAGUGACAGCCACCGGCUAGCAACCAAUCGCCUGCUCGGGAAUCAGCUGACUCGCCUGGACAGCGCCAGGUGCUGUCAUCAUAUUUUCCUUGGCGACGCAGCACGGGCUCCACAGUAACACGGAGACACGGCGGAUGGGAGCCAGUCAGCGGAUUCCCGUUGCAAGGAUCCAUGCAAAACCUGACCCUGCGCUUGGAGAAAAUUGCACAUGAAUUUUUGCGGAGUGGAUGUAACGAAACGAUGCCGCUAUAAAGCAGUUCAUUAUACGGAACUUGCAAGCGACGAGAUAGCAUUUAUUAUCUGUGGAUUUUCUUUCAGUGCUCUUUCGCAAGGACAUAGAUACUGUAUCUAGAUACUGUAAGUGCAUGAACCAGUCAGCGUGGAGGGAGGACUUCAAUGCCAUUCGGACCGUGUAGGCUGGCAAACCAAAGAGGCCAACUCUAAAGUUCAAGAUUCAUGCUGUGAAGAAGUUUCAAACCUAUAUGAGCCCCUUGGGAACUACACUCUUUUAAAUCUUUCGGAAGCUCUUUGACCUCACUGUUCAAGCUUUCAGAGGGAUAAAAGGGCUGUUCUGCAACACUUCUAUUGAAUGAGAAUCUCACCUCACCAUCUAUUUUGGCGCUAUAGGAAUUCCAGCUCAGAUCUGAGAGGAUAAACAUUUACAGUCAGAAUGGCAAGAGGGACUUUCUUUUUUGUUGUGCAGGGCCAGAUUUGUUUCUUCCUGCUUCUGGCUUUACUUGGCCUCUCUUCAGUUCAGAGUACAGAAUGUCCGCAGCUCUGUGUGUGCGAGAUCCGGCCUUGGUUCACACCCCAGUCCACCUACAGAGAAGCCACUACUGUUGAUUGCAAUGACCUUCACCUUACACGCAUCCCUGGGAACCUGUCCGCUGACACCCAGGUGUUGCUUCUGCAAAGUAACUACAUUGCCAGAACUAGUGAGGAGCUGGAACAGUUACUGAAUCUCACAGAACUCGACCUUUCCCAGAACAACUUCAGCAACAUUCGGGAUAUUGGUCUGACCAACAUGUCGCAACUCACAACGCUUCACUUGGAGGAAAACCAAAUAGUCGAGAUGCCUGACUUCAGCUUGCAAGACCUUACCAAUCUACAGGAGCUGUACAUUAAUCACAAUCAGAUCAGCUCCAUUGCACCCAAUGCCUUCGCCGGAUUGCGUAACCUUCUGAGACUCCAUCUGAACUCCAACAGACUCAAGGCCAUUGACAGCCGCUGGUUUGAAUCAAUCCCCAACCUGGAGAUCCUGAUGAUUGGGGAAAAUCCUGUGGUUGGCAUCCUGGAUUUGAACUUCAAACCUCUUACCAACUUAAGAAGCCUGGUCCUGGCAGGAAUGGAGCUCACUGAUAUCCCAGGCAAUGCAUUUGUUGGACUAGACAACCUGGAAAGUCUCUCCUUUUAUGAUAAUAAACUAGUCCGGGUGCCACAGACUGCUCUGCAGAAGCUUCCAAACCUGAAAUUUCUGGAUUUGAACAAGAAUCCAAUUCAUAAAAUUAAAGAUGGCGACUUUAAGAACAUGCUAAGACUAAAAGAACUUGGCAUUAACAACAUGGGAGAACUUGUGUCCAUUGAUCACCUUGCCCUAGAUAACCUUCCAGAGUUGACCAAACUUGAAGCCACCAACAACCCCAAGUUUUCCUAUGUGAGCCGUUUAGCAUUCCGUGACUUGCCAUCACUAGAGAGUCUAAUGCUCAAUAACAACGCUCUGAACUCUCUCUACCAAGCAACGGCUGAAUCCCUGCCCAACCUGAGGGAGAUCAGUAUCCACAGCAACCCGCUCCGCUGCGACUGUGUAAUUCAGUGGAUGAGUUCAAACAAGACAACCAUUCGAUUUAUGGAGCCUCUUUCCAUGUUCUGCGCCAUGCCACUUGAGGUUAGAGGUCAGCGUGUGAGAGACGUACUUUCUCGUGAAUCUUCAGGCCAGUGUCUGCCAAUGAUCUCUCACGACACGUUCCCCAAUCACCUCAACCUAGAUAUCGGGAUGACGGUAGACCUUGACUGUCGUGCUAUGGCUGAACCUGAACCAGAAAUAUACUGGGUGACCCCAUCUGGUAACAAAGUCAUGAUAGAUACUGUAUCCGAUAAAUACCAACUCAGCAGUGCAGGGACUCUGCGCAUAUCCCACAUUCAGGUGGACGACUCUGGCCACUACACCUGUGUGGCUCAGAAUACGGAAGGAGCGGACACUCGGGUGACCGCAAUUCGAGUCAACGGGACUCUCCUGGAUAGCACCCAGCUUAUGAAGAUCUACGUGAAACAAACAGAGUCCCACUCAAUUUUAGUAUCCUGGAAAGUGAACUCCAACGUCAUGACGUCCAAUCUGAAGUGGUCAUCAGCCACCAUGAAAAUCGACAACCCUCACAUCACCUAUACGGCUAAAGUUCCUGUGGAUGUUCAUGAGUAUAACCUCACGCACCUUCAGCCGGCCACUGAGUAUGAGGUCUGUCUCUCGGUCUCCAAUAUCCACCAGCAGACCCAGAAGUCAUGCGUCAACGUCACGACCAAGCACGCUACGUUUGCGGUAGAGAUCUCUGAGCAAGGCACCAAUACGGCUCUGGCGGCAGUCAUGGGCACAAUACUGGCCAUCAUCAGCCUGGGCUCAAUCACGCUAUACAUAGCAAAGAGAUGGAAGAGGAAGAACUACCACCACUCCUUAAAGAAGUACAUGCAGAAAACCUCCUCCAUCCCCUUAAACGAACUCUAUCCUCCCCUUAUUAACUUAUGGGAGGCAGACAGCGAAAAGGACAAGGAUGGUUCUUCAGACACUAAGCCGACGCAGGUGGACACAACAAGAAGUUAUUACAUGUGGUGAAGCUUACCAGACAUUUUUUCUUCUUUAGAGCACAAAGACACAUCUUUGCUUAUUUGUGCGUAAAAAAGACAUGGAUUUCCUUUUUCCUGCUUUGCUUUACUGCAAGCAACUAUUCAGACUGACUUUUUCGUAGAGUGUAUUGCCAUUUCCUCUUCUUUGACUUUCAAUAUGGCAGCUUUGUUUAGCUUCUGAGACAUGUUAGUAGCUGUGCUCUUUCUUUUUGUUCAUUAUAUUUUGAUAGCACAGCAUAGAUAUUGUCAAUGAUUGACUUUGGGUCGAUUGAUGCUGUAGCACUAUAUCUGAUCCGAUAUUGAUAUGUCUUUGGCAGUAUUCAUAGAGAAUGCAUUGUUUCUUUCUCUCUUUCGUAAGGCAGUUUAACUGUUGUGCACUGAAAUAUAUUAACAAAUUUGUCUUAGGACUUCAGUGUAAGCUGACAAGGUGAGUUUAGACUUGAUACACUGUCUAUUGAAAAACGUUAGCAAUUGUUCUGUAAUGUUGUAUCAACUAUAAUUUGAACAUUUUGGAAUUUCUCAAACGUAAUUUUUGAUUUAGAAGUUAACUUUGCAGAUUAAAGAAUUGUAAACCAGCAAUAGAAAUGUGAAUGUUAAAUAAUUAGUUAGUAGAAAAAUGCUUUUUUUUAAUUACUCAGAUUCUUCUUUUUUUAAUUGGGUAGAAUCUGUUAAUCACUUAAUUUUGUUGUAAUUUACACAUGCAAAAUAUGUUGCAUAUUACAGCGCAAACAAAAAUAAAAUACAGUUUUGUUCAGAUAUUUUUUAUACAAUGAUUUUCAAGUCGAGUGUCAUUAUUCUAUUCUAUCUUUAAUUCCUAUUCUGUUUCCCCUAUCCCCGCUUCUUUUUAAGUAAAUGAGUGACUCAUUUUGGUCUUGAUGUUAAAGAUCUCCAUUACAAAUCCUUAACAGCAAUAGAGCAAUGAGUUCAAGGAAUGCAAUUACAAAAAAUAUGAUUAACGUUAUUGCCACCAAGUUCUUGCAAGGACAAAUUAUGGGAUGUUUAUUUUAUUGCAGGGUUUUGUGUGUGUGUGUUUGUGAGAGAGAUCAUUUACAUUAAUAGAAAAUAAUUAAUUAAUUGUUAUUUUAUGUCAAAUGUUACUGGCCACAUGUUGCAUUAUAGAGCCAGAAAAUUACAGAAGUAAAGAGAAAAUGAACCAAAACCAAAGAAGAUUGUGAUUAGGGGUAAUGUGGAUAAUUAACCAGUCUCCAUUGGCACAUGCAGCCCAGAGUGUUCAGCUUGGUUUUAAUCAGCCAAAUGCUAGGUCUCUUGCUAAUAUCAAACAUUCACAGGCAUCACUAUCUGAAUUACCUAAGGAGAGUCAUAAAUCCAAAGAAUUCCCCAAAACAAUAUUAAAGGGGUAUAUUGAGCCUCUGAACCAUCGCUCAUGUAUGUAGUUUGAUUUCCUCUUUGACAUACAGUACCCCUCCAAUGGGAAAUUAUGACUUCACCCAUUUAAUCUGUCUUUGUCAGAGAAUCCUCCUACUGGUUUGUCUUAUGCUACUUGCAUCCCAUGUCAAGAUGGCUAGUAAAUUGUUCUUGAAUGUUUGCAUUUGCUCAGAUCAGGUCUUAGCUGAAAUGUCUUUCUUUCAUAUAAAGAAGUUUAAGAAGACAUGAUAUUGACAUUUCUGAUCUGAAAUGUGAAAAUGACUGGAAUUAAAAUGAAAAAUUGUCUAGAUAAGAUUUAAUAUGUCUUAGAAAGUGAAUGUUUGUAUGUAGAAAGUGAAAGUCGGCAAAAAAAAAAUACAAA